AUGUCGUCACAACAAGAAGCAUCGCUAAGAGACUCGUUGAACAGAUGGAACGAGUCUCGCACGCAGCAUUCGCAAGGGUUUAAUGAGGGAGCUAAAACGUUGUUCGCUUCAUGGGCUGAUUCACUCAAUAGCAGGGCUCACGAUGUGUACCAGCGCCUGCCGAUGACCCAGCAGGAUUUGGUCCAAGACCAAGAGCCUACGUGGUUCACACUCUCGCGGGUAGAGAGAUUAUCGUUGUUUGUGUGUUGCAUUUUGGGUUCUGUAGCGUGCUUCACGCUUUGUGCCUUUUUGCUGCCUGUUCUAGCAGUAAAGCCCCGAAAAUUUGGACUUUUAUGGUCUAUGGCAUCGCUGCUAUUUGUGGGAGCAUUUGGCGUGUUGCAAGGACCAGUCGCAUACGCGAAACAUAUAACGUCGAGAGAGCGACUGCCAUUCAGUGUAUUCUUCUUCACUUCCUGUUCCUUGACGAUUUACUUUGCUGCAUUUCAAAAAUCCACGCUACUCACCAUUCCAUGCGCUUUUUUGGAACUUAUUGCUGUGAUCUACUAUGCAAUCAGUUAUUUCCCCUUUGGCGCCUCUGGUCUACGUAUGAUCAGUUCCGUUGGCAUCAAUCAAGCGAGAGGAGUGCUCAGAAUUUGA